AUGAGUCAGUCACAGCCAUACGAAAGCAAUCCAUACUACCAGUCUCCUCCUCAGCAACAACAACCACAACAGCCUUAUCAGAACUACCAAUCCCAAAACCCACAAUCACCUUCCAACGCAUCAUCGCAUCAAGCAUUUCAAUCGCCCUAUACUUCAAACCAGGGGUUCAGUUCACCUCAACAAGGUUAUUCGAAUUACCCACAACAGCAACAACAACAACUGACUCCCCAGCAAAAUUAUCAACAAUCUUCACAACAGGGUUAUGGACAGCAACAAGGUUACUUCGGUCAACCUUCAGGAGGAGCCGGGUAUGGUCAGACCCCUCAGAGUCCUCCUGUCGAAGUGACCCACUCCCCCUUUGUCCGAACCGACUCUUCAGCCCGAUUGACCUUCUCGGAGAUGGCUCGUAUGGCCGGUCGGCCCCAGACGUUCGACGAGAUGUACGCUGUUCCAGAGAGCUUUCUGGAGAUCGAAAUUAGGAAUCCGAUGACUCACGGGAUUGGGAGAAAGAUGUAUACGGAUUACGAAAUUGUCUGUAUGACAAACAUCCCAGCAUUCAAACUCCGUCAUUCAGUCGUACGUAGACGAUACUCAGAUUUCGAGGCUUUCCGAGAUAUACUGGAAAGGGAAAGUACAAGAGUCAAUAUCCCUCCUUUACCUGGUAAAGUAUUUACCAAUCGAUUCACUGACGAGAUAAUCGAACAACGGAGAGAAGGAUUACAGCGAUUCCUAGAGAUCGUAGCUGGACAUCCACUGUUGCAAACUGGAAGUAAAGUAUUGUGUGCUUUCUUACAAGAUCCCUCAUGGGAGAAGUCUCAAUGGGUGUAA